ACCACAGUGGCUCAUUAUAGGAGGGAGUUUGAGCUGUUAUCAGCAGGGCGCAUAUGGUCACUGAAGCGCAUUUCCACAUUGACAGAAUCAAUAUUUGUGUCGACGUUACCGCAUGAAGCGAGUUAACAGUCAGGUAAGGUGCAAAGAUGAAAAAGAAAACAGUGGACAUGAUAGCGUUAUUUCUAACUGGUGUUGUGUGCCUGCUCAUUAUCAUAAACAAAAAUGACUCUAAAGAAGAAGUGAAAGCAAAUGGCAGAGAAAAGCAUGAAAAACUUCAUGACCUAACAGAUUUUUCCAGAACUGAAACUCUUCAGCCAUCGUCUUCACGUUGUGAGCUGAAUAUGUCAGCUUAUAAUCUUACUGAAUUUUCUGCUCUGCCAGAUCAUAUCAAAGACUUUCUGCUUUACCAAAACUGUAAGAGUUUUCCCAUGCUUCUCGAUGUGCCUAAUAAGUGUGGUGGAGCUCAUAGGUCUGCAGAUGUCUUCCUCCUGCUGGUCAUCAAGAGCUCUCCAGAGAACUACGAUCGCAGAGAAGUUCUGCGGAAAACAUGGGCUGAGGAGAGACUGCACAAAGGUGUGUGUAUCCGUCGAGUCUUCAUAAUCGGCACAACUAGAAGUGGCUUUGAGAAACGCAGGCUGAAUAGGCUACUGAAGCUGGAGAACAAUGAGAAUAAGGACAUUUUACAAUGGGACUUCAAUGAUUCAUUCUUCAACCUUACACUGAAGCAGAUCCUUUUCUUAGAGUGGAUGGACAGAAGGUGCCCACACGCCAGAUUCCUUUUAAAUGGAGAUGAUGACAUUUUUGCCAAUACAUUUAACAUGAUCGAGUAUCUCCAGGGUCAAGAAAACAAUGAUGGAAGUAGACAUCUCUUUACUGGGCACCUCAUCCAGAAUGUAGGGCCUAUAAGAAACCCUUCAAGUAAAUACUAUGUCCCGGUUCAGAUACAGGAGUCUGAGAGAUAUCCUCCAUAUUGUGGUGGAGGAGGCUUUCUACUGUCCGGCUUCACAGCCAGAACGAUCUACAACAUGUCUCACUCUGUAAUUCUGCUACCCAUUGAUGACGUUUACAUGGGAAUGUGUCUGGAAAAGGCCGGCCUCAAACCUACAUCUCAUUUUGGUGUAAGGACUGCUGGUUUGAAUGUUCCAGCUGAAAAUGUCGACAAAUUUGACCCUUGUUAUUACAGAGAAAUAAUUUUAGUCCACAGAUUUCUGCCACACAUGAUUUUUGUGAUGUGGAAUGAAAUACAAAACCCAGAUUUGCAAUGCGGAAAGAUCAAUGUCAAUAGAACAAAAGAGCAGGGUGUGUGAAGACUUUUUGCAAAGGGAAAUAUAAUAGCUUGCUGGAUUCAAUAUGAUCAGGAUUUUUUUAAGUAAUGAAAAAAAUGAAUGCCUUUUCCGAAUGAGGUUGACUUUUGCACUUUAAUUGGGUGGUUGAUUCUUUCACAGCGAUAUUUAUUGUGUUCUUUAUAGGACUUAUGUUUGUUUUGAAUAAUCAAAGAGUGCUUUCAGUAUAAAAUCUCUCAGAAAUAAGGUACAAAGCUGUCAAAGUUAGCGUACAAAAGCGGUGACAUUUGAUAUUAUUUCAGGAUUUUUUCUAACCUUUUCGGGGGGGUUAUGUUUACUGUUUAUGGUUACUGUUAUGUUUACUGUUUAGGUUUAUGUUUACUGUAUAUUAUAUGUAGACAAUACUGUUACUCUAAACAUUUCCACAAAUUUUGUUACAUUUGCAACUGCAACCUGCUAAAUAAACAAAUAGAAAGGUACUGUCAGCUCCAUUUAGAAACUGAAUCGAAGUCUUUGAUUAUUCAAGUCCUUCUGGAUUGAACAGAUUCACCAAUUUUAUUAUUAUUAAACUGUGAAUUACAAAUCAAAUUAAUUAAAUAGGCAAUCUGGACCAUGUGCGUGUUUUUAAAUUAUAAAAUGAUUAUUAAGUAUGUUUACAGUCUUCGUUUUAUUGGCAUUAUGAAAUGCAGAUUAAGUGACACACAGAUAACUCCAGCACCCAUAACAAGCUGUGCCCAAUGUAGAAUUAUCAAUGAAUUAAUCCUUUUUUCACUUUAAGAUUUUAUCACAUGCGAUUUUAUUAUAUGAAGACAUGCACUAUACAACAUAGAUGAAUCUCAAAGAUUGUACAAUGUGGGGAUAUUUGUGUUGUGUUGCAGAUUUCCAAUGUCAAAUGUCUGUAAACUGUAAAGGUGAUUAUUUUCCUAAUUUAAUAUUCACGUUUGUUUGUGCUGUCUGUGUUUAGCUUUGUUAAUGCUUGUUAUUAAUAUGCUGGUAAAUAUGGUGUUCUGAAGGAUUAUUUUUGCACAAAUUAUCUUAUUAGUUAUUGUACCUAUCUUACAUUUAAUAACCAAGCAAAUGUCUUCUUUGUAGCAGUUUUUUUCACAACUUUUUAUUCUUUCUUUUUGUGGGAUUUAUGUAUAGACAUAUACACUCACUGGUCACUUUAUUAGGUACACCUUACUAGUACCAGGUUGCACUCCCUUUUGCCUUAAAAACUGCCUUAAUCCUUUGUGGCAUAGAUUCAACAAGGUACUGGAAAUAUUCUUCAGAGAUUUUUGUUCAUAUUGACAUUAUAGCAUCACGCAGUCGCUGCAGAUUUGUCAGCUGCACAUCCAUCCCAGAGGUGCUCUAUUGGAUUGAGCAAUACUCAGGUAGGCUAUAGCGUUGACACGAUGCUCAAUUGGUACUAAUAGGCCCAAAGUAUGCCAAGAAAAUAUCCCCCACAUCAUUACACCACCAGCCUGAAACGUGAUACAAGGCAGGAUGGAUUCAUGCUUUCAAGUUGUUGAUGCCAAAUUCUGACCCUACCAUUCGAAUGUCGCAGCAGAAAUCGACUCAUCAGACCAGGCAACGUUUUUUCAAUCUUCUGUUGUCCAGUUUUAUUGAGCCUGUGUGAAUUGUAGCCUCAGUCUCCUGUUCUUAGCUAACAAGAGUGGCACCUGGUGUGGUCUUCUGCUGCUGUAGCCCAUCCGCCUCAAGGUUUGACAUGUUGUGCGUUCAGAGAUGUUCUUCUGUAUACUUCAGUUGUAAUGAGUGGUUAUUUGAGUUACUGUUACCUUUCUGUCAGCUGGUACCAGUCUGGCCCUUCUCCCCUGACAUCAUUAUCUGUAAAUUAUCUGUAAUUUAUCUGUAAAUCCUAGAGAUAGUAAUCCAAGAAAAUCCCAGUAGAACAGCAGUUUCUGAAAUACUCAGACCAGCCUGUCUGGCCCAAAAACGGACCAGUGCCAUGUUCAAAGUCACUUGAAUCACCUUUCUUCUUCAUUCUGAUGCUCAGUUUAAACUGCAGCAGAUUGUCUUGACCAUGUCUACAUGCCUAAAUGCAUUGAGUUGCUGCCAUGUGAUUGGCUGAUUAUAAAUUUGCGGUAACAAGCAGUUGGACAGGUGUACCUAUUAAAAAGUGGCCAGUGAGUGUACAUUUGACUUUUUACAAUGGAUUACAGAAUAAUGCCAUUAUCUGAAAAAAAAACCCCAAAAGAAUAUAUAUUUUUAAUAUGGAAAUUAAAUAGGAAAGCAAAAUGCAUUUAUUGUGUUUCCUUGAAGUAAAAGUGCACAACCUGCAAAACCAGAAAUCAGAGCUCAUAGAUUAUCUAGACAUAAAGAAUCAAUAAUUAAACCACUUAAACAAAAGCUUUCAUUCACGAAUGUCAUAUUAUUUUGAGCCUUAACAGGGUUUUAUAAAAAACAAGUCACUAGAUCAAAUCAUCAAUUCCUCGCUCAGUUUAAGUUACAGGACAACAUCAAAGAAAAGUCAUUCAUUGUACCUAAUCAACCAAUAAUAGACAUCAAUAGCAGAAAGUGGAUUUAUUUUUCUAUUAUUAUAAUAGUUCUGAUAAUAAAAUGAUCUCUUUCAGUGAA